AUGUUUCGCCAGAGUAUUCGCCGGUUUGGCACCACGGCCCUCCGUGCUGCAGAGGGGUCUACCGCCUAUGCUGUGCGAGUUUCGCAAGCCCAGGGCUCUGUCAAUGGCUUGACAGAAGCAAUUGGAAACACCCCCCUCAUCCGCUUGAAGCGUAUCUCUGAACAAACCGGCUGCAACGUCCUCGGUAAAGCCGAAUUCCAAAACCCUGGUGGCAGCGUGAAAGACCGAGCCGCUCUCUUCGUCGUCAAGGAUGCGGAGGAAAAGGGACUCUUGAAGCCCGGCGGUACCGUCGUCGAGGGCACGGCCGGUAAUACGGGUAUUGGUCUCGCCCACGUCUGCCGCUCCAAGGGCUACAAGCUCGUUAUCUACAUGCCCAACACCCAGUCGCAGGGCAAGAUUGAUCUGCUGCGUCUUUUGGGCGCGGAGGUCUACCCGGUCCCCGCGGUGGCGUUCGACAACCCCCAGAACUACAACCAUCAGGCGCGGAGACAUGCUGAGUCGCUCGAUAAUGCUGUGUGGACGAACCAAUUCGACAACGUCGCCAACCGCCAGGCGCAUAUUGAGACUACGGGACCCGAGAUCUGGGCCCAGACUGGCGGCAAGAUCGAUGCGUUUACCUGUGCGACUGGAACAGGUGGUACUUUCGCUGGAACCACGCGCUACCUGAAGGAAGUCAGUGAGGGACGAGUAAAAGCUUUUCUGGCUGAUCCUCCGGGUAGUGUGCUGCACAGCUACGUUCAGAGCGGUGGUAAUCUUAUGGACCGGGCUGGUGGCAGUAUUACUGAGGGCAUUGGUCAGGGCCGUAUCACGGAGAACCUCAAGCCCGAUGUCGAUUUGAUCGACGGGUCGCUGAACAUCAGCGACGAGAAGUCGAUUGAGAUGGUCUACCGCUGCUUGGACGAGGAGGGUCUUUACCUUGGUGCUAGCUCUGCCUUGAACGUUGUUGCUGCCAAGGAAGUCGCCGAGAAGCUCGGCAAGGGUCACAACGUCGUGACUGUUCUAUGUGAUGGAGCCUACCGGUAUGCUGAGCGGUUGUUUUCCCAGACAUGGCUCGAGAGCAAGAACCUACGCUCUGCUAUUCCCAAGCAUUUGGAAAAGUACAUAGUGCUGCCUUAA